UCCGCUCCAUUAGGCGGGGAAGCCGCGAGGGCUGGGCGGAACUGGGGCUGUUUGGGAGCCCUCAGGUCUGCUUGGAAAGUCGCGAGCCUGUGCUAAGAAGUAGCCCUGCGAUCGCGCCGCCUAGGUUUUUCUGUUCCUUUUUUCUCCCUGUUUAUCUCCAGGCAGAGAGCAACCCAUAGAAACAUGACCACCAAUAUGGGCCCCUUACACCCAUACUGGCCCAGGCACCUGAGGCUGGACAACUUCGUGCCUAAUGACCUCCCGACUUGGCAUAUUCUGGUUGGCCUGUUCUCCGUCUCUGGGGUCCUAAUUGGGAGCACAUGGUUGUUGUCCCAUCGAGCGUCCGUUGUCCCCCUCGGGACUUGGCGUCGACUGGCCCUGUGUUGGUUUGCUGUGUGUGCGUUCAUUCACCUUGUGAUUGAGGGCUGGUUCUCUUUCUACCAUGACAUCCUUCUUGAAGACCAAGCCAUCUUAUCCCAGCUCUGGAAAGAGUAUUCCAAGGGAGACAGCCGAUAUAUCCUUAAUGAUGGCUUCAUCAUCUCUAUGGAGACUAUCACAGCUUGUCUCUGGGGACCACUCAGCCUGUGGGUAGUGAUUGCCUUUCUCCGCCAGCAACCCUUCCGAUUUGUCCUACAGCUUGUGGUCUCUGUGGGCCAAAUAUACGGGGAUGUGCUGUACUUCCUGACAGAGCAGCAGGAUGGAUUCCAGCAUGGGGAGCUAGGCCACCCCCUUUAUUUCUGGUUUUACUUUGUUACCUUGAAUGGCAUAUGGCUGGUGGUACCUGGAGUCCUCGUACUUGAUUCCAUAAAGCAUCUCACUCAUGCCCAGAGCAUGUCGGACAGCAAGGCCAUGAAAAGUAAGAGCAAGCAUAACUAAAGAGCAGUAGAGUGGGCCGGAACAGCGCUGACGAGGCACUCUGCCCACCUCCCAGAA